AUGUCUAAAGCUUGCGAUAAGUUCGAAAAAGUUGCAUUGAUCAACAACGCUAAUAGUCCUAUUGGGAAGGAAAUCACCAAACUGCUCGCUAAACGAAGCGUGAAGGUGUAUGCAGUUGAUCGCGAUUCUUUGUUUUAUAUCGACGAAUUGUUAAAGAAUAAUCCCGAAAUGGAGUCAAAUAUUUCUCCUAUUUUACUGUCUAAGAACAAGACUGUUACUGAUCUCAGCGAUCUUCUUACCAGAGAAGGAACUGCCAAUGUUCAUAUCGUUGUCGAUCUUAAUUUGAGUGAAAACGAAUUAGUUACAGAUGAUUUUAAAUUUGUCUCUAAUUUAAUUGAUUCUUCGUUGGUCGGUGAGAGCUGUGUUUUUUGUUUCGGUAACGUGAAUGCAAUCAACUCUCCAUCCGUUUUGAAGGCUGCCAACGAGUUCAUCGAUGUUGUGCAGAAUGAAGUGGAGGCCAAGCUUGGUGAACAACACAGCGCAGUGAUUAAUCUUUUCGAUCCUCGAGCUUUAAGUCGCUACAAUCCUGAAGAUAUUGCUUCCUUUUAUAUUAACUCACUGAUCAGAUGCUCCUACCGAGUCAGCAGAAUUGGAAAUCUGAAAGAUGUCUUGUAUACGGCAAUGUACUACGGACUUCCACUAAAUGCAUACAAAUAUAUGGAAGAGACUGGUCAAAUGCUUGAAGAUUGGACGUCUCCAAAUCUCAAUGAUGUUGGAGAGCCAGAACUCUUGUAA